AUGCCGAUGAGCGUUAGGUCGUUCGAGGAGAUGACCUCGAUAACCGACAUGAAAGAUGGCACUUACUCGGUGAAGAUGCGACCGAACUGCAAUGUGUGUGCCGGUCAUCCGAAUAAGACGCAGAACUGGCAGCGCUCCUACUUCUUCCUUAAGUCCGACAGCUCGGCCUUCGAGGAGCCUCCCCAAGACGAUUACCGAGUUCUUUGGAACCGUUCUUGCGUUGGCCAUCCUACCUCCCCAGUUUAUCCCGAAGAUUUCUUGAGGAGUGUUCGCGCCGUCGCUCUGCUUCGAAUCUAUCGUUGGUCCGAGAUCUCCGUCGAAAAGAUCCGUGAGCUUAAAGAUCGAAUCGCUCGAAGAGAGUGGAGAUCCAACCUUCCGACCGUUCUUCCCAUUCGCGCUAAGCGACUGGACAUCUUCCCGAGAGACAUCCAAAAACAAAUUACCGAGGCGAAGAAGAUGGGUACUCUUCCUGAUUUGAGCGCAAUAAUAGCGGCCCAGCUGGGGCUGACUAGCGGGGAAGGACCCUCAACGGCGUGCGGGGAAGGGCAAGAAAGAAAAAGAGGCGAUGGUUCGGGAGCCGGGAGGAGUACUGAGGAGACGAGUGAUGUCCCUCCUUCCAGUGAGCCCCGGAAGAAGAGCAAGAAGAAAAGGACAAAGAAGAAGUCCGCCGGCGAGCAGUUGGAAGAUGCUGACGAGCAGAUCGAGCAAGAGGAAGAGGAUGCUCGAGGAGAAGAAAUUCAGCCCGAAGAGGGGGGUUCUGAGGCUGAAGCCUCGGAGGGACGGAAUGACGAGGAGGGAGUAAGUGAAGGAGGGGAACGCGAGACUUCUCUUAAUGCCGCCUGCUCGGGUGAUUCCGAGGAAGAUAGCGAAGGGUCGCCACUCCUGAUAAGGAGGGGAAAUGACGAAGACGAUGAUGAGAGGCGGUCUCCUGUUCUGACGUUUCCUCGCGAGAGAACUCCAGUUCCCGUCGGAGGAGGGGCCGUCCAGACCGGUACUUCUUCCCGUGGCUCCGCUAUCCUAAGGAGGGAUCCCGGAUUCAGCUUUCCCGAUAAGGUCGACUUCCACUAUGAGGGACCGGCUCCCUUAGUGUACGUUCCAGAGAAAUGUGGGGAGUUUCUCUGUCAACUAAGAGGGAGGGCGAAACCUCUUCCUGUUGUGAAGGACCUUAUCUUCGGGGGUGAAUACGAAGAAGCUGCAAGGGCCAAACUGCUGGGUGAUAGCACGAUGAAUGUCGUGAUUGAUAAAUACGACACGGCCCUUAAAGGAGCCUUAGAGGAGCUCGAGCUGGCCAAGAAAGAGUUUGCUGAGAAGGAAGAGGUUUCUGCUCGUCAACUGAACGAGUCAAGGGCCAAUCUACAGAAGCUCGACGGGGUGGUGGCCCGCACCGUUGCUCGACGCGAUGAGUUUAAAGCCGCGCUGGAGUCGUCUCGAAGAACCAUCCGCGAGCUUGAACCGAAGAAUGCUGACCUCGAGAGCGAGAGGGCUUCGCUCGCUGCCACGCACGAGCGAGAGAUGAUACGUCUGAGAGACUCCAGAAUCUUGGAGGUGACGAGAGAAAGGGGGAGAGUUGAGGCAGAAAUGACCGCCAAGGCUAGUCGUUGCUUCACCAGGAUUCGUUCUCGAGAGGAGCGUCGGGGUCCUUACGACGAGGCUCGGUUACUUUACAGCCAAGCCUUUGGGACUAGGAAGUGCCUCGAGGCCUUGAAAGGAGCCGGGAACGACAUACCGCAAGCCUCUAUUGAUAUGUUCGUCGAGUACGAGAGGAAGUACGAACAAGAGGCUGAGCAGCUGAAGGUUGGCGAGAUCCCUGAAAGCGAUUUUAGACUCUCUCCUCUCGUGUUGGAGUCUCAGUUUGUGGAUGCUCGGAUUCUGGCGGGUCUCGAUCCGUAUGGUUCCAACGCUGGCUUAAUCGACCCGGAGACUGCGGCGAAUCUGCAUGUCUCGUGUACUCGUCCGGUCGGAGAAAGGCGCGAGGAACCGACGCUUCCUAUCGAAAACCCUUUGACUGUUCUUGAGGAAGGGGUGCCUGGUCGAGGAGCCCGAGUCGAUGGAAAUAACGUUCCUGUCCUCGUGCUUUCGGACACUUCAGUCGAGGGUCGCGAUUUGCCGCCUCCAGAAGAGUCUCGUCGGGAUGGCGAGGAAAACACUGGCGAGGUGUCAGAGGAUGCUGCGGUGCAAGUCUCUCCGAUUGCCCGCGAAUCGAGCGUCAGGGCUUCGGAGCUUUCCGCCCUUAAUGAUCGCGAGAGUGAUCGGGAAGCUUAG